AAUCGAGCGAAAGAAAAAAAACCGUAUUAUACACCUCUGUCUCUGCAACUCCACCACCUCCUAAUCUGCCUCGCCGCCAUCUCCGCCUCCGGCCACCGACGAUUCUACUCCGACUAUUUUCCCUCUGUCUGCUGUAUUCUCUAAUUUCACAAGCUUUUGAUUAAAAAAUACAUCAAUUGGACAUAGACUGUGAUUCCGGAAGACAGUCAUUGUUGGAUUGAAUUUGAAGAAGUAGAGAAAUCGUUGCAAGCAAUUCCUCUUUGCCAUCAACAUCUACAGAUAUAUAAGCUCAAGUAGGAGAAUUACAUUGGUCGGACAAGAUGCCGCAAGUGAGGAUUGUGGCUAGGAAUUUUAUGGAUAUGGUGGCAUCCUUGCCUCCGGUGAAACUUGACAAGCUGUAUGAAAACUCAUUCAUAUGCGAAGCCAUCUUGAGAUCUUUGCCUCCACUAGCAAAAAAGUAUGUGCUGCAGCUUCUGUAUAUAGAGGGACCAGUAUCAGCAAAGUGGCUGGAGGAAUGGGUUCUUGCUGACGGUGCCUCGAAGCAUAAAGUAGCUAUAGACAGGCUGAUUCAGCUGAGAGUCCUGACUGAAACUGUUGAACGGAAGAAAGAAGCUACUUACCUAUUUAAUCCGCCAUUUCAGCGGAAUCUCCAGAAGCACAUACUGCGUGGUGGAGUUUCACCUAGGGAACCGAUGCCGUCAAACGUCACAGUGAGGCUUCCUAGUACGGAGGAAUUAGAUGCCUAUGCUGUCGAACAGUGGGAGUUGUUUUUGCUGCACCUAAUAAACUCCACCGAAGUGGAAAGGUCGAUGAACAUAAGCUCCUCGAUGAUGAAAGUCUUCCAGCAUGGUCUUCUCAGUCAAAAAGAUGAUAAGGAACCUUCAAGAUUGACGGAGAGUGGCUUCCAGUUUCUGCUGAUGGACACAAAUGCACAACUUUGGUACAUAAUUAGAGAAUAUAUAACUAACUGUGAGGAACAAGGUGUGGAUACAGCUGACCUUAUAUCAUUUCUGUUGGAGCUCAGCUUUCAUGUUAUGGGAAAGGCAUAUAACCUAAACACGUUGUCAGAUAUACAGAGGACCAUAGUAAAGGAUCUUGUUGAUUUGGGAUUGGUAAAGCUCCAGCAGGGCAGGAAGGAGAGUUGGUUUAUUCCUACUAAACUAGCUACCAAUCUCUCCAUUAGCCUAGCGGAUACGGCAACCAGAAAACAGGGCUUUGUUGUUGUGGAAACGAACUUUCGGCUAUACGCAUAUUCAACAUCUAAAUUGCAUUGUGAGAUCUUGCGCUUGUUUGCAAGGAUCGAAUACCAGCUACCUAACCUUAUUGUUGGCGCUAUCAACAAAGAGAGCUUGUAUAAAGCAUUUCUAAAUGGCAUUACAGCGGAGCAGAUAGUGUCGUUUCUUCAGCAGAAUGCUCAUCCUCGAGUUGCGGAGAAGAUACCUACUGUGCCCGAAAACGUCACCGAUCAGAUUAGGUUGUGGGAAGCAGAUUUGAAUAGAGUGGAGAUGACUCCUGCGCAUCUUUAUGAUGAAUUCCCAUCAAGGGAUGUCUUCGAAGCCGCCUGCGACUUUGCACGAGAAUACGGGGGCUUACUGUGGGAGAACUCGAAGAAGAUGCGGCUCGUUGUCAAGGGAGAAAUCUUCACGCAGAUGAAAGAAUUCCUGCGCCGGCAGAAGCAAUAGGUUACUCUGUUGAAACUUCAACAACUGGAAAAUUUCUUCAUCCCAAAAUCCAAGGAAGCUGGGGAUCAUCUUGCAUUUCUAUAUCUUUUCAGAAAACAGUUUCACAUCAAUUUUAACGCUAAAUUUAGUUGUAAGAAGUCAAGGAACACCAAAAAUAUAACACAAUUGUGAAAAAAAAUAUCCAUAUUUUAAAUGAUUAUAACUAUCUCAAUUCAAAUUA